AAAAAAAAUAGAAUUUUAUAUUUUUAGGUGUUAAGUCUUUAUUGAAAACGUUCUUAAAAUUUUUCAGAAUGGAUUGGGUUCCUAUUUUGUUAGUAAGCCUCCAUCGUUUCUUUCCUAAUCAGUGUGUAUUGUUCGUCGCCGUCACAUAGAAGUAAGUUGAACGUCUCAUCGCUCUGUUUUGUGGAAGUGUCCGACCUAGUGUGGGUUCUUAGUAAAUCGGUAGGUCCGUGUUAGCUUGAGACCCCGGCCCGGUUACUGAGAGGCAGCAGAGCUUUAAGCAGAAACAUCUGUCAUUACGGUGAAAAUGCCACCAAAGUCAGGAGGCGUGAGAGCCUUCCUAGCACUGACCCCAUCCUGGUGACACACCUCUCCGUGGCCUCGUGGGUCAUCAUUUCCUGAAGCGGCCAGUGUUUGCUUUCACACCUUCCUGCUGACAUGUCUUGUGUCCAGCCGCGCUGGGAAGCUCUGUGUAGCGGAGAUCUUCCCUCACGGGCCUCAUGUUUCACUUGAGACCUCUCUCUCCCGCCUACGGUAUCCCGAUGCUGUCUGAGGCCUUGUGUUUUCCUCUUUCAUCCUGUAAGGCUCAGUGCUACGCAGCUCGUGGGUGGACCUGAGCCAGGUACAUGGUAACAGUUGUGACAGAUGUGUCCUAUCGUUUUAUGUGGUUAAUGGUUUUAUUAUUUACUUCAAGGUACAUCUCCAUGAAUAACUUAAAUGACCCCCCAAAUUGGAAUAUCCGACCUAAUUCCAGGGCUGACGGGGGUGAUGGAAGCAGAUGGAAUUAUGCCCUGUUGGUUCCAAUGCUGGGAUUGGCUGCUUUUCGUUGGAUUUGGUCCAGGGAGUCCCAGAAAGAAAUAGAAAAAGAGAGAGAAGCGUACCGUCAGAGAACAGCCGCUUUCCAGCGGGAUCUCGAAGCCAAGUACCACGCCGUGAUCUCAGAAAACCGGCGCGCCGUGGCUCACUUGUCUUUGGAACUCGAGAAGGAACAGAACAGAACGACUAGUUACCGAGAAGCACUUAUCUCUCAGGGGCGCAAGUUGGUAGAAGAAAGGAAGCUUCUGGAACAGGAAUGGGCUCAGGUCAUGCAAGAAAAGAGACAGUUGCAGCCUCUGAGAAGUGCGUAUCUGAGCUUCCUGGAGAAGGAGGACGACUGGCAGAGGAGGGCCAGGCUUGUGCUGAAGGAGUUCGAGGAUGCCCUGACGGAGAGACAGAGCAUCUACUGCAGCCUGGUCCUCCCCCGCGGCAGGCGGCUGGAAAUCGAGAAGAACUUACUGGUCCGAGCGUCCACAGACCCGGUCGCCGCAGAGCUGCAGGUGGCGGCCGGCCUGACCGACAUAUUCCAGCACGACACUCACUGCGGCGGCGUCUGGAACACCAGCCGGCGCCGGAACGGCAGACUCAUGUGGCUGUAUCUCAGGUACUGGGAGCUGAGCGCCGAGCUGAGGAAGCGUCAGCGGGUUGAGGCUGCCAUCCUGGGGGACUGGCCGGAGCCCCGCAUGCCGCCGGCGACACCCUGAGGCCCCAGGUGCCGCCGCGCUGGUUCCUUCUGGCGCGGGCGCCUGCGGCUGCCUUCACACAGGGGCCGCGUCCUCUCCCGCCGCGUCCGCGCGGGGCGACGGGUCUCCUUCUUAGCCCUCUUCAGCCACUGAGGAUGCAGGUUCCCGGAGGACUUUUUUGAAGCUGUGCCAUUGUAUGAGGCUGAGCAGUAUUACACACCCUCCUGCCUUUGCUGUAGGUAAGACUGUUUUUGAGAAAGUCAAAGAGUAUCGAUCCUCUCUGUAAGUAGUUUUCAGUCUGUUUUUGUCACUCCCUAAAUAAAUUCUGUUUUCUCCUCCA